AUGACAUCCUACAAACAAAAGCUUGCUGCCACCGUGGGUUUUGAUGACGAUGUCUUUGUCGAAGAUGAGGACGAUAAGGAUUACCCUAAUAUCUGCCUCACAAGAGAGGAAAAAUCCAAGUUGAGAAUGCCAUGGAUACAGUCCCAUAUCAUCAAGCUGUUGGGGAAGUUGAUUGGAUAUAAUUAUCUCCAUAAAAAACUGAAGUCUAUGUGGAAUCUUAAAGCCCAUUUCGAUAUGAUAGCCUUGGAGAAUGACUAUUUCUUAGUUAGAUUUGCUUCUGCCAUAGAGUACGCAUACGCAAAACAACAAGAACCAUGGAAGAUCUUAGACCAUUAUUUGGUUGUCAAGGAGUGGUACCCUAACUUUGAUCCAUCCACGGACAAAACAGUAAGCCUCCUUGUUUGGGUUAGGUUCCCCAAACUUCCGAUUGAAUAUUUCAACUACAACUUUUUGGAGAAAGUUGGGAAAAAAAUGGGUCGCCCUAUUCGAGCAGAUAUGAAUACGUCUACAGGCUCUAGAGGGAGAUAUGCAAGAAUAUUGGUUGAGGUAGACAUUACCAAACCGCUCCUCUUUAAAUACAAGUUAAAGAACAAAGUCCGCCCCAUAGAGUAUGGGGGAAUCCACCUCGUGUGUUUUCAAUGUGGUGUUUAUGGUCACCGGAAGGAAGCGUGCCCAACAAGCAUUACAGGUCAGGAACAAGCCGGAGAGGAUGAUCAGAGCGGAGUUGCUGAGGCUGGCACAAGGAUCGGAGAGAGAGUCGUUGGAACACCUAAUCAAACGGGCAAAAUGUCAACAGCCUACAGACCGAAGGUUACAAAAGGGUACGGUUCAUGGAUGCUAGCGAAAAAAAAGGAGAGACAACAUGCACGCCGUUUCAGCAGCAGGAACCAAAAUAGUAGACCGUGUAUGCACAGUAAUCCUGAUAGAGUUGACCGUAAUGAAGGCAAUAUCAACAGAGGAAUUAAUGGACAGUCCAAUGGAUUGGGCCGAAACUCAAGAUUUAGUGUUCUAGAAGGGUUCGACGAAUAG